GUCAUUAUGCUGAAAAUGAGGUACGUGGGACUCGUCCCACUUUCCUGAAGAUUCAGUCCGUCAGCAGUUCUCCUGCAUUGCCAUAAUCAAACAGCAAUCGGACAAGAAACGGCUACCGCAGUAGAGAGGGAUCCGAGUCAACUACUGCACCACUGGCCCAUCCGAAGCACACAGUUUACGACGGCACAUCUAACUUCGUCCAGAAAGUAUUGUAUUUAUGAUGAUGAUGUUCACCAAAGCCCCGGUCCUGACCACGGGGAUAGUGGCUUUCACCUGUCUACUCGCCACCCUGUCCGUGACCUCCCUCCCAGCAGAGAAAGGGAGGAGGAGGGUGGUCCACGUCCUCGAGGACGAGACGGGGGCUGUGAUCGUGCAGACGGCUCCCGGUAAGGUGAUCAGUCACCGCGGGGGCUCCAUCACCCUGCCCUGCCGGUUCCACCACGAGCCCGAGAACUCCGACCCGGACCGUGUCCGCAUCAAGUGGACCAAGGUGACGGACGCGCUGCAGUUCGUGGACGUGUUUGUGGCGCUGGGCCGCCAGCAGAGGGCGUUCGGGGGCUACCUGGGACGGGUUUCCCUGGAGCAGGCGGGCCCGGAGGACGCCUCCGUGGUCGUCCACAACGUCACGUUGGACGACUACGGGCGCUACGAGUGCGAGGUGACCAACGACAUGGAGGACGACACGGGAUUCGUUAACCUCGACCUUGAAGGCGUGGUGUUUCCCUACUACACUCCAGUGGGGCGCUACAAGCUCAACUACCUGCAGGCAGAGGAGGCGUGCAGAGGGCAGGAUGCCAUCCUGGCCUCCCAUUCCCAGCUGCACAAGGCCUGGCUGGAGGGGCUGGACUGGUGCAACGCCGGCUGGCUGGAGGAUGGCUCGGUCCAGUACCCCAUCUCCCACCCCCGGGACGAGUGCGGCAGGAAGGACAACCCUGCGGGGGUCCGUAACUACGGUUACAGACACAAGGAGGACGAGCGCUACGACGCCUUCUGCUUCACCUCCAACCUUAACGGCAAGGUUUACUUCCUAAAGCGCUUUAAGAAGGUGAAUUACGCCGAGGCUGUGAAGGCUUGCCUGCGCGACGGCUCGUCCGUGGCCAAGGUGGGGCAUCUGUACGCCGCCUGGAAGCUCCAGCUGCUGGAUCGCUGCGAGGCCGGCUGGCUGGAGGACGGCAGCAUCCGGUACCCCAUAGUAAACCCCCGCUCCCGCUGUGGCGGAGCCCAGCCCGGCGUCCGUAACCUGGGCUUCCCCGAUAAGAAGUUCCGCCUCUACGGGGUCUUUUGCUUCCGCAAGAACAAAGAGGGUGAGGACCCCAGGCCCACAAGGCUCCCGCCGCUGAGGAGCGGCAGCAACGACCUCCCCGUGAACACAACCAGGUCCAUCUAGAGCGGAGAGGCUAGGCACAAAACCAACACAGCAACUCAAUCCAUGGCUUCUUUCGAAAACGCAUACUGACGAGACUAAUUCUUGAGAUUUGCCAGGGAGAAGCGUGGCGGUGUUAAAUCAGAGGUGAUGUCUUGUUUCUGUCUUCUGGUAAAUGGGGUGUCAGACAGUCCGUCAUCGUAGGAGCGAGAGAGUCUCUGCUAUCAUCGCUGGCUACCACAAGCUUAAAUACAACUGAUUAGAACCCAGGCACAUCCGGUUAGAAAGCCGUUUAUUACUUUCCUGGUUCAUCACAUUGUGUGCCUGUGUGUGUGUGUGUUCGCCUUACACAGUGUGUUUUGUCCCUGUGGGUUUGAGGGAAAAAAAGAGAGUUUUCUAGUGAUAAAAGAGAAAUAAAAUACUCUGAACAACCAGAGAGACAUUAAUUAGCAGCCAGCACAGACAAACAGGCAGGCAGGCAAGCAGGCAGAUAGAGGAGUGGCUGUUUAAAAUACGCCGUCAGAGGUCUGAUCAAGACAGACAUAAUUAGCUACAAACCCAAUUCAUGCUCAUGCAGCCCACUGUAGUGUCAGGGACCAGCAUGAGAUUUGGCAGAGAAUGGCAUGGCUUUUCACCCGACCAAUGAAGCCUCAUCCAUUUGGUUGCCAGGUUUGACCCGUAACCCCCCUCCUCAACAUGCAUGUAGAAGAGUUACAACAUUGGCAUAGAUUACCAGAAUACAAAAAGCUUAAAAUUGGAGAAUAUUACUCUUGCCCUUUGCUUUCUCCCCAGCCGGCUCUACUAAGCUGGCUCUCCUAAGCCGGCUCUCUUACAUUAGCCUGAGUCCAGCCAGCAUGUUCUGUGGGACUGCAGGCUGAGAUACCUGAA